AUGGGCCAGCGUUGUGGUGACGCAAACACAAAAUUAUUUGUAGCAGCUCAGAAUUAUUCGGGUAUUGCUGAAAUUAGCUCGUACAAUCCGGAUCUUUCUGAUGAUGUCGAGCAAUAUGAAUUGGAUGAUCACGUGGGAGAGAUGUCACAGUCAUUUAUACACAAUUCUCGAAAUGAAAGUUUAUAUCAUCGGGAUAAAAUGUCUCACUAUAGUACUGCUGCUAUGGAUCAUCAGGAUUGGAAUCAGAGAGAUUUACUCAGUGUGCCAGAUAAAAUUGGUUACAUAGAUGUUUCUUCAACUAGUGAAGGUCCUACAAAGGAUAUCACAGAAGAUGAAGAUUACGAUCAUCAGAGCGCUAUUAGAAAGGUUUCUUGUAUACUUUCUUCGAUUGUUGGUGCCUCAAUAUUUUACAGUGUUGAACAGCCACAUGAGUUAGCCAGCAAGCGGCGACAGCUGGAUAUGAUAUAUGAACGUCAGGAAGAGUUCGUUAAUUCACUGUUCACAUUGGCUAUGCUCAAUGAAACACGUCGAGAAGUUUGGUCACAAUUAACAAAACAGCACAUGCAUAAUAUGAGUGACCAUCUGUUCAUAGCAUUUGAAAAAUUCUUCCUGACCUCUGCUGAAGUUCGAGCUAAUGAUACUAUAGAAAUAUGGUCUUUCUCAACUGCUAUAUUCUUCGCUGUUACGGUUGUUACUACGAUUGGAUAUGGUAAUCCGGUACCAGUAACACAGUUUGGCCGCAUGAUGUGCAUUAUAUUUUCAUUAUUUGGUAUACCUUUGACCUUGGUGACCAUAGCAGAUAUUGGUAAAUUUUUGAGUGAACAUCUGGUGUGGAUGUAUGGUAACUACCUCAAACUAAAGCAUUUUUUGUACGAAAGGCGCCAUGGACGAAAAAGCCAUCGAGAAAGGGUAUGUGAGCAGUGCCAGAGACAAGGCCUAAGCGCCAAUAUGCAUUUUAUAGAAGAACAAAGAAUACCAGCGAUAUUAGUACUUUUAAUAUUGGUUGCCUACACGGCUCUCGGUGGUGUGUUAAUGUCAAAUUUAGAGCCAUGGAGUUUUUUCACUUCGUUUUAUUGGUCAUUUAUUACGAUGACCACUGUUGGUUUUGGUGAUUUGAUGCCCAGAAGGGACGGUUAUAUGUACCUCAUUUUACUUUAUAUCAUUUUAGGUUUGGCAAUCACGACAAUGUGUAUCGAUCUAGUGGGGGUACAGUACAUCCGAAAGAUUCACUACUUUGGUAGGAAAAUCCAAGAUGCGCGCUCUGCCUUAGCCGUUGUUGGAGGAAAGGUUGUCCUUGUCUCUGAGCUUUAUGCAAAUUUGAUGCAAAGAAGGGCGAAAAAUUAUGAUCAAGAUGCGCUGAUCAUAAAUAACUUUUAUAUAUCAAAGCAUGUUAUUCCCUUUAUCCCCACUGAUAUUCGAUGGAUACGGUAUAUAGACCAAAACGCUGAAUCGCUGUCUUCGUCAACUUCCAGUCUCGAUUUACAUUCCUGUCGUUUUUGCCAUUCUCGUUUUAGCAUAUCGCGUCAUCAAACGUGA